AUGCACAACUCAAAACUCGCCAUUGAGUUGAACUCUUGUCGAAGCACAGUCCUCCAUUUGCCUUCUAAGGAGGGUCAUGUCUACAUUAUUGUGAAGGAACUUCAAGUUUUUGACGAAGCAUGCUUGGUUCGUGAUGAAGAAGGAAGAAUUCCUCUACAGUGUGCAGUUAUGAGAGGACGAUCGAAUAGAGGUUGUGAGAGAAAUCAUUUGGAGACCCUCCAAGCUUUGGUAGAACUGGAGCUUGCCGUCACCGGCGAGCUUAUCAACUUCACAAGCUCUGAUAACGCCGGCAACACCGUUCUCCGCUUAGCUAUUAUGUUGAAGCGACUUGAGCAAGAUCCAUUAAUCUUGCACAGAAUUAACUCGCGAGCCAUCCUUAUUGAAACCCCAUUACACACAUCAGCUUUACUCGGCCACCUUGAAUUCACCAAAGCCCUUCUUGCUCGCAAACCCAAAUUAGCCCUUGAGCUUGACUCCUUCCGAAGCACACCUCUCCAUGUAGCUUCUGCAGAAGGGCACAUCGACGUUGUGAAGCAGUUGUUGCUGUAUUAUGACGAAGCGUGCUUCGUUCGUGACCAAGAAGGCAGAAUUCCCUUGCACUACGCUGUUAUAAGAGGGAGGCUAGAGGUUGUGAAAGAGCUAAUUAGAGUAAAGCCAGAGUCUUCGAGGAUUCUUGACAAAGGGAAGACUAUUUUUCACUUGUGUGUGGCGUACAACCACUUGCAGAUCAUGAAAGCUUUGAUAGAGUUGGCAACUGAUGACACCUGCGAACUCCUAAACGAGAGAGACUUGGACGGAAUGAACACUAUUCUCCAUUUGGCUGUCAUGUUGAAGCGAGUUGAGACUGUGAGGUACCUCAUGUCAAUUCCUGAAAUAAGAGAAGCAACAAACUUGACGAACAACAUAGGUUACACUGCCCACGAUAUUCUUCAGCGAAUUCCGCAGGACUUCCAGUGCCUCGAAAUCCAGGUUAUACUGAUGAACUACUCUGGCAUCAAAAAAAAAUGGAGGAACGAACACUCCUGCAGCACUGACGAAUAA